AUGGCUAAUAUCACACUUACCAAUAUACCUCAAACUGUUGUCAAAUGGGAGAGAGAUGCUAAAAAGAAUAAAAUACCAAACCCUUAUACCGCUUCCAUUCACGACCCUGACCUCACUCUGUUGUCUGGCUCCAAAGGAGGCAAUGAACAGUUCUUUCUCUGCCGUACCAUAUGGGAGCCUCGUAUGCUUGGGCUUCCCGAUUGCAUUCCCAAAAAAUAUCUACUUGAAGCUAAAAAGAUUCUAAGUGAUCCAGUUCGGUCACGUCAGUGGCUUGCAUUUCUAGAAAGGAUUAACGAGGAUCCGUACAAGCCGUUGACGAUCUCUGCGAGUCAGGAGCUAGGAAAGCUCGCACUUGUCUUACAAGCACUACAAUAUGCAAGUCAAAUAACUGGCACGGCAACAAUUGACGGAAGUAAAAUUGAUUUCAGCCCCAUUGCCAAUAGGACUCGAUCCCAAAGGCGUCAGUCCAAUCCGCCUCGCCCAGAGACCCCAACCCAUUCGACUUCUACUCAGGCGGAUCCCGCUAGACCUCUGGACUCUGAUGACUCUGAUGUUGAGAUGGAUGAUUUCUCUUCAUUCAUGGCAUCUCCAGUCGUGCAACACUCGCCAGUGGCUGGAGAGUUGGCAAAAUUAGAGGGACCCGCGAGGUCCGAACAAGAGAUGGUCAUCACUAGUACCAUUUUACAAAGAGCCGUGUGCAUGGGUGCAGGGGCUUCUCAAGUAGAAAUCACGGCCGAUCAGGAGGCGUUCAGGGCUAGAAGUGGUAAUCAGCCGCUGUACACUGCUCGCGUGGAUGGGGUUAUGCGCAACGCCGCGAUUAAGUUCAUCGCAUUAUGGACCGAGACGAAAAGGUCGCAUCGUUACUGCGAACCAGACGCUGCGGCUAUCAAAGGGCAGGAAACGUUUCAGCUUUUCGCGAAGGUCUCCGGGCAGCCGGACGAGUACCUUCAGAAACUAAAGGAAGAUGGGACUAAUGAAACUGAAUGUUGGUUGGCCAUGAAUAUACAUGAAUUUUUUUUCCAGCGGGCGUCUUUCCCGCCAGGAUGGGUCGCGUACACUCAAGGCGUCAAGGGGGACAAAUUUGCAAUUGCCAAGGUAAAAGAGACUGGCCCAUUCAUCUGGCAUGACCGGGAGUCAAUGAGCGACCUAGGAAUCCUUAUUCUAGCUCUUGCGCUUCAAGAGACCGAUCGACAGAAAAAAAUACCGCGGCGUUAA